AUGUCACUGACGUUGCUGCGAACGCUGUGCCGCCAGCAGCAGCACGUGUUACAACAGUGGCAGCCCGUUUCGUUUGCCGGAACCAACCCAGUACGUUGUGCGAUACGAUUUCAGAGCACCACCGGUGGAGGUAACCCGAACCAGGACAGUAACGACAAACAGUCCACCAAAGAACGGCUGGCGACCAAAUACAGUCGCGAAAAUGUAAAGCGAAACGUGCAGGGAUAUGUCUUUUCGCGGUUUUUCGACUACGUGAAAAACUAUGACAAGGUGAUCGAGAAGAAAUUCCCGUCGGCGGUACACGUGUACCGGGUGUUUCUGGUGGGCGUGCGGGAUUUCUUCAAUGACAUGAAGAAGCUAGUCAAAAUCACGAAAAUCGUCUACUCGCACGACAAUGACCUGCGGUGCCUGACGCGGAAGGAGAUCGAGCUGUACUAUCAGAUGCCACGAGACAUGAAGAAGGUUGCUCCGGUGUUGCUUAUAUCGGCGCUACCGUUUGCGAAUUAUGUGAUAUUUCCUCUAGCCUAUAUGUACCCUCGAACACUACUGACAUCUCACUUCUGGUCAGUGCAACAGAAGGUGGAUUUUGGUCAGAUAGAUCUACGCAAUCGGCUCCUGUACAAUCGGCGCGUCUUUCGCUGUAUGCAAUCGAAGCUAGACGUAUUGAAAAAGUCACACGAUCCGGCGUACGAAAAGUUUAGCUAUAUUUUGGGUUUGCUGGGAAGCGGUCUACAUCCGACGUCUGAAGAAAUAUUGGACGUAAGGGAGGUAUUCCAACGACCGCCAUUCAAUCUGAACAGUUUAUCAUCUUCACAUUUGAAAUACCUCUGCCGAUUACACGACAUUCAUGCCGGGCUGCUGAGGCGGUUUCGUUUAAGCGAACGGGCUUACGUUGUACACCACAUGGAUAUGGCUAUUAAGCGUGAGGGAGGCGUUCACAACAUGCCAAUCGAAUCCCUGAAGCACGCUUGCUACAUCCGGGGACUGAAUGCGAACAAUCUGAGCGCGGAAAGCAUGAUCGACUGGUUGCAGGAAUGGGUGAAAGUGUCGCUGGUUGUGGAUGAGGAUUGCAUCAGUAUGCUGCUGCAUCUGCCUAUAUUGCUAACGUAUAACCACACGAACAAUUGGAUUCUGAUACACUGA